AAACUCCUAUAAAACCAUAAGAUCUUAUUAUUUCUUUCUACAAUGAGCAUAUUGAAAAGUUUAGUGACCAUCUCCGUUCUCGGAAUAUUUUUAACACCUCGUUAUUCGGAAUCUGCGAUAUCUUGCAGUGUUGUUCUAAACGAUUUGCAGCCAUGUGUUAGCUACUUGACUAGCGGAAGUGGAAAACCUCCGCAGACUUGCUGCGACGGAGUUAGGAGGUUAGAUGCAGCGACCACUACAUCCGCUGAUAAAAAGGCGGCUUGUCAAUGCAUCAAGUCAGUGGCUAACAGUGUCACCGUGAAGCCUGAAUUGGCUAAAGCCCUCGCUAGCAAUUGUAACGCGAGCAUGCCUGUUGAUGCAUCUUCUACGGUCGACUGCAAUACGGUUGGUUGAGAUAUUUUCAGUAUCGAGGAGUGGGUAUCAUUCUUAAGUAUGACGUUUACAUCAAUAAAGGCCUUGUAUUAUAUUGUUUGUGUCUCUAGGCCAUCUCAUUAUAAGGUUCAUAUAAUUUCGUUAUGUAUGCGUAUGUUCAUGUAUAAGCAAUAUCUCUUAAAUUCUUAACUAGUGCACUUAUUUUCGCCGGUGGUUUGGGUAUUUGUGUAAACUGAUGCGUCAUGAAAAUUAUAUUUUUCUUGCGGUUGAA